CGUCAGCCUCGCCUAAAGCAGGUGCUGGAGAUCUCUGUCCUGGGUGGAGCAGGUAACCUCCCCGGAGAAGAUCCGGUGCCCCUCUGCCGAGAGGGACAGUCCCAGACUGUCUUACUGGAUACGAGCUGCAGCCUCCGCCACCUUGCCGACUCUUCCAGAAGUAGCUUACCACCCUGCUGCCUCCUGAAGGUGUUUGAUUGUGCAGUUAUCGACCAUUCGUGGAACAGUUGACAAGCUAUCCGGCGUCCUUUGGCUCCUUCUGCAAAGUUCAAGCUUCCCGCCGUGGAAACCAAGAUGGCUCCCUUCUCAUCUUAGCCGCCAGGACAUUCAAAUAAUUACCAGAUGCACCUACGAAUGAACAAACUUACACUGCGUGGAAAAGUGGGGAUCCCAAGCUGCCGGGAAGAGGAGGGAAAGGUGGAUUCUGUGACAGUUAAUGUUGGUGUCAAUUGAUUGGAUCUGAAAUCAAGGAAAAGGCAAAACUGCUGGGCACUCCUGUGGGAUUUCCUUGGUCAGAUUAUUUGAAGUGGAAAUGUGCACGCUGCCUUCGGGUGCACAUACAAAAGGGAAAUGGAAGAAGGAAACUGCUUGUGGCCCGUUUGCCUUCACUUGCUGAUAAGUCGUCUAUCUGGUGACUGCACUAUGGAGUUCAUUUGCUGACAUUAGAACCAGCCUCUUCCAGCUUCCAACUCAGACUAAAGCCCAGUAGCUAUCCAGGAACCCUCCAGGCCUUCAACACCGAAUUGGGAUUGUUGAGACACUCAUCCUUGUGGACUGAGCAACUACCAUUGUUGGCCUGCCCAGGCAGUAUCAAGUAGCUUCAUGGCUGCUCCAGAUGGUUCACAGGAUUCACAGGAAGCUUCCUAUCUGCUCCUUCCGAACCCUGAGGACUGGGAGGAGCAAGGCAUCCCGGACUUUGUCUAUGGACAGAAAGACCUCGUCGGGAAGGGAAUCCAGUGGCCAGGGAAUGCAGGCCUCACCCUGGACUCACUACCACGGUCCCGCUUUGACUCUGCCCUCUGUUCUGCAUGGAGGCAGCGAGUGGAGCUGGGCCUCUUUCGAUACCGCCUGGAAGAUCUGCAGACCCAAAUCCUCCCUGGCUCCGUGGGCUUUGUAGCUCAGCUGAAUGUAGAGCGAGGAGUACAGAGGAGGCCACCCCAGAAUAUCCAAAGUGUGAGGCAGGAGUUUGACCCCGAACAGUUUAACUUCAAUAAAAUCCGACCUGGAGAAGUCCUCUUCCGUUUGCGACAACGGGAGCCCGAGGGCCCAAAGCAAGAGGACAUCCUUGUGCUGAUCAAUGUCAGUCCCCUGGAGUGGGGGCACGUGCUGCUGGUGCCUGAGCCUGCUCUUGGGCUCCCCCAGCGUCUGCUGCCUGGAACACUGCGGGCGGGGCUUGAAGCUGUGCUACUGAGUUUGCACCCAGGCUUCCGGGUCGGCUUCAACAGCCUGGGAGGUUUGGCCUCCGUGAACCAUCUCCACCUGCAUGGAUACUACCUGGCCCACCCACUGCCUGUGGAGGGCGCCCCAAGCACACCUCUAGACCCAAAGGGCUAUAUCCAUCUGCUGCAGGCCCUCCCAGCCCCUGGCUUCCUCUUCUACACUAGUGGGCCAGGGCCUGACAUGGAAGGCUUAAUUCGCAGGGUAUGCCGGGCCACUGACUAUCUGAGUAACCAUGAGAUUGCACAUAAUUUAUUUGUGACCCGGGGUGCUCCACCCGGGCCGGCAUCAUCUUCCGCAGGCCUCACUGGGCUCCGAGUCAUUCUGUGGGCCCGUAAGUCCAGCUUUGGAAUCAAGGAAAGCGGGGCUUUCAAUGUUGCACUCUGUGAGCUGGCAGGCCACCUACCUGUUAAGACAUCCCAGGACUUUGGCAGCUUGACAGAGGCAGCUGCAGUGGCCCUCAUUCAGGACUGUCUGCUGCCCCAAGCUCGGGUGGAAGAGGUGCAGGCAGCGCUGGUGGCCCUAAUGGCCCAGGAAGAGCUGUGAUUCUUCAGGAGUUUCUUCUUUCUUGAUUCGAGGCCCUUUCCAAAGGCUGCUAAUCACUGUUAUUUGGGCAUCUCUUGUAUGACGGCCUUCCCACUGCUCAGCUCAACGACUGAGUAUAAAAACAACGUUGAAUAAAUGUAGCCCAGCAGCGAAGGUUCCAGCUGCUUCUCCCCUCCCUUAGACAAGCUCCAGGGGUAACAGAUCUACCAUUAAGGGCCAGACAGAUCACUCCCUAGGGGAAGAGUGCUUGCUGCCAAGCCUGUAGACCUGAGUUCAACCUCCAGAGCC